ACGCCGAGUGGGUCUCGGGGGGCGGGCCUUCCCCCGGGGAUUUAGUUCGGACCUAUGCUUUAUUUUUAUUUUUAUUGAGCGCCUUUUAUGAAUCUGGCACCGGAUGUACUAAGCGUCGGAGGAACAGGUGAAUGGAGCGGAGGACGAGCCGUUCCGUGUGUGUGUCUAGGGUCGUGUGGCCCUUAUCCUGGUCCCAGUCUCUUCCCAAAUGUGUCAUCUCUGGAGACCCGGAGCUGUGCAGGGCUGCAGGGGGUAGGCUUUCCCCGCGUCCCCCCGAGUGCGGCUCCCUUGUCAGGCCGCGAUCCUCCUGCCUCUGAAACCUGCCACCCACCGACCAUAUAAGGAGAGGCAGCUGCUGGGGCGUCGCCAGCAUCUAAAGAUAGCGACCCCGGAUCGGACUCCCGACGCCGCUGGGCUGCGGGAGCCGCCAUGGCACGUCUUCCCUCUCCCAGCCUUGCGAAGCCCCACCUCCACUCCUCUUCAGGCAGCACGCGCGGACCCUGUGGUACGACAGGCCCAGGUACGUGUUCAUGGAGUUUUGUGUUGAGGACAGCACCGAUGUCCGCGUGCUCUUAGAAGACCACCACAUUGUGUUCAGCUGCAAGAAUGCCGACGGAGUGGAGAUGUACAAUGAGAUUGAGUUCUAUGCCAAGGUGAACUCCAAGGACUCCCAGGAUAAGCGCUCUGGCCGCUCCAUUACUUGCUUCGUGAGGAAAUGGAAGGAGAAAGUGGCCUGGCCUCGGCUCACCAAGGAGGAUAUCAAGCCAGUGUGGUUGUCUGUGGACUUUGAUAACUGGAGAGACUGGGAAGGGGAUGAAGAGGUGGAGCUGGCUCAGGUGGAACAUUAUGCAGAGCUUUUGCAGAAGGUCAGCACCAAGAGACCUCCCCCUGCCAUGGACGAUCUGGAUGAUGAUUCUGACAGUGCCGAGGCAACAAGUAGUUAACUUCUGCCCGGUAGACCUGUGGAGGAGGCUGUGGCUGUCUGCCAGUCAUUCUGACAAGCUAGGGCCUGGGCCUUUGUCCAGCUGUUUGGCUGAGCACCAAGGUCCUCUGGGAUCUCAGAUCUAUCCUUGAAGCUCUUCAUUGUCCUCCUUCAUGCUUUCUUUCUUUUCCCUAGCUGCUACAUCAGAUGGCAGAAUAGCAGAGGAGUAGACUGGUGCGACUGCUGACUUCCUACCAACUAGCUAUAAUCUCUGUAUUUGGGCCACUCAUCAAGCUUUCUAGUAUGUGUGUCUAUGGUAGAGCAACAUCCAAAGAAGUAGCAUAUGGAUUAUAAUAAAUCUCUAGGAACUGGU